UCUCAGUUAGCCGAGCUCUGCCGUAAAGGCAACACGUUCGACCCAGGUGCUCCCACGGACCCUCAGUGGCUGGCCAGGCAAGGCAGGUGACACUUGCCGGCUGCAUACCUGUGCACUGUUGCUCCGCACACGCCACACACUCACUAACCCUGCCAAGACAGGUCGUGUAUUCUUGCUCCAUCUCAGGAGUUGGGAAAGCCGAAAGUGUCGCCGCGUCACAAAAAAAAAAAAAAUCCUUCCUAUAGCGAUGGGGGCAAAUGACAAUUGUUACUAAUUUAUUGUUCACUCUGUAACGCUGUGUAGCUGAACUGCAAUCAUGGCCAAACCCGAGACGGAGGUGGAGGGGCACAGUGACGAUGUGGACACUAACAACAACACGGACAGCAAGACGCAGAAUGAUUCCGCGAGCGACAAGCCAACAACGAUCUGUGGGGGCAAGUACCAGCUGCGGCCCCGGUCCCUGCAGGCGCGGCGCCGCUCGGACAGCGAGUGGAGUAUCCAGGACACGCUGCGGCACAAGCCUCGGCCGCCGCCGCUGUCCCGCUAUCGCAGGAAGACGGCCAACGCGCGGGAGAGGUACCGCAUGCGGCAGAUCAACACAGCCUUCGAGAGCCUGCGGGGCGUCCUGCCCUCGUGGGUGUGCAGCCGCCGCGCAGCCGCCGACAUGACCAAGAUCACCACGCUGCGCCUGGCCUCCGCCUACAUCAGGUCCCUGCAGGACAUCCUGGACGGCAACGCUCCAGAGGACACCUGCUCCUGGGUGCUCUCCAGCAUCCUGGGUGAAGAAUCCGGGCCUCCAGAAUCAAAGUCAGAAUUCAAAUUCCAAGAAUUCCAGCCAAAUCCGAAAGCAAGUGGCCCAGACAAGAUCCAGCACACAGCCGGUGACCCACAGCAAGACACAGACUUCGUGUCUUUGCUGUGCAGCUCCUCAGACUCGGGAGUUUUCCAGGAUAAUCUCGAGACGUUUUCAUAUUUGUCGCCAAUGUCCGAGACUGAAGCAGUGGCACUAUUGCUAGGAGGCGACGCGGGUCGUGGGUGGAGUGACGUCCACCACACGCCGGUGGUGUCUUGAUGCAGCCGCCCAAGGCCACACGUGCCCCGCCGGGAGUGUGGUCGACGAAGGGAACUCGCAAAACAAAAGAGUGGUACCAGCCUCGCCUUGGUCUUUCUCACAGUUAGCGUCGCUGCUUCGUGAGGUUGCGAUCUGUGAUGACAGAAAAUAAUAUAUUGUUUAACACAUAUAUAUGUAUUUAUGAAAUAGUUGGUAGGAAGUGCCGAGGACACUGAAAGUCAACGGGGAGUGCAAAUUAAUAUAAGAUGUAAUUGUAAUAUGUUACACUUUUUUACUGUAAGUAUGAAAGGCAGAAUUGUAUGAACAGCAAACGUCUUCCAGAGUGAUUUGGUUUCGCUUGUUACUGUGUUUGACACCACCUGCACGGCCCGGCAACCUGCAUCCCCGCCAAGUUUCGAUUAAAAUUGUUACCAUCUAAAAAGUGAUCAGGCAAUCUAGUGUGGACUGAGGAAAAGAGCACAUACACAAACAUAUAUGAUUUCCUCAUUAUUCCAUGAAUCAGUAUUACCAACAAUCCAUCAUGCCUUCAGAUAGACAGUGUAGACAGAAACACACAUCCAUCAGCGGUCGGGUAAUAAAUCAAUUCGGGCUACUGCAUGUACGUGCUUCCUCUUGAAGCGGCACGGGUGCGUUGGUAAGCCCUGGGAGGCAGCAGUGGCUUUGCUGAUCAGCUUUGUCACAUCGUAUAUAAAUCUAGUCAUUCCUUCUGUGCCAUACGAUAAGACAUGAUGUAUGCAAACGAUCUGCCGUACAAGAAAGUUAGUGAUAUUGAGAAUUAUGUUAAUAUAUUUCCAUUCACAUUUCUGUUAGCAAUACUCAAGCGACCGGCCGUUGUGGAAGGGCGAUGCCAUGUGAAGGGCUGAAAGCGCGCCGGGCGGCAGGCUGGAGGAGACCUGGCACAGUGUUCCCGGGGGCCAGCCAAGCAGUCUCGUGUGAGCCUUCCGCCCGGCAGAUGAUAGUCACUUGCCGCCCGGUGCUGUAUGUUGUGCAUUUUAGCUAGAGGUCAUCUGUUUUUUUUUUUAGCUCUCAAGGGAAACAUAUGGGUUGUAAUCCUAUUGUUAUACUAGAGAUUAAAUUAUGAUUUCUA